AUGGUCACCAACACUCGGAAAACCAAACACGGUUUUGAGGCCAGAGACAUAUCACGAAACCUCUUCACCUUCAGGUUCUUUGCAGAGCAGGAUCGUCAGAAUAUCCAACAGAUGGGACCAUGGAACUUCAACCACAACCUUAUCAUUAUGAAAGAAAUGAACCUAGAUGAAAACCCUAAAGAGGUGGAUUUGAGCCACACACUCUUCUGGGUCAAGGUGUAUGACCUAACCAUGAACCUCCGAACAGAGCAAAUGGCGAUGCGCAUGGGUAAGUUCCUGGGGAAAUACGUCUCUUGGGACGACAAGGACGAACAGAGGCUUGGGGGCUACCUCCAUAUCAGAACCUGGAUCGAUUUCUCCAAACCCUUGAAGAGGGGCACCAUGAUCCCGAGAGCAGGAAAGCCAGCACUUAAGGUCCUGUUCAAAUACGAAAGAUUGGCCGAUUUUUUCUUUGGUUGUGGGUCUCUAGACCACGUCCUCCGAUACUGCUAUGAUAAGGAAGAUUCAUGGGAAGAAGAUAAUGUUUCCAAUCUUCCCUACGGACCAUGGGUGAGAGCUUCACCCUUGAAGCCAGCAAACCAGUCAGUAAUGAAACAGGAAGGAAGAACACCCCUAAGCAAAGAUCCCUUUUCGACAAAGGGGACUCGUCCAAAUCGGGAAGUACAAGUACCAGAGGAAGAGGUGAUGCUGAAUCUGAGGAAACUAGUGUGCCUUUAA